UGAGGGAGAAAGAAAACACGUGUUUACAAGACUAGUCACUAAAAAAUUGGAACUUGUUUAAAUUUUGAGUCCCUAGCUAUUUAACUAAAGUAAAGGGAAAAUGCCAAAAGUCAGGGCAGAGAAGAAAAGUCGGCAGCACCAGGAGGUUAAAAACCAAGGCAUCAUGUUCAACACUGGCAUUGGUCAGCACAUCCUGAAGAAUCCUCUGAUCGUCAAUGGAAUAAUUGAAAAGGCUGCUUUGAGGCCGACGGACGUGGUUCUGGAGGUUGGACCCGGUACCGGUAACAUGACAGUGAAACUACUGGAAAAAGCAAAGAAGGUGGUGGCCUGUGAGUUGGACGGCAGGUUGGUGGCUGAGCUUCAGAAAAGAGUUCAGUGCACACCUUUGCAGAGCAAACUUCAGAUAUUAGUUGGAGAUGUAUUAAAAACAGAUCUGCCUUUUUUUGACGCCUGUGUGGCUAACUUACCUUACCAGAUUUCUUCCCCAUUUGUCUUCAAGCUGCUGCUGCACAGACCUUUCUUCAGAUGUGCUGUCCUGAUGUUCCAGAGAGAGUUCGCCAUGCGACUGGUUGCUAAACCUGGAGACAAACUCUACUGCAGGCUGUCCAUCAACACACAGCUGCUGGCUCGCGUAGACCACCUCAUGAAGGUUGGGAAAAACAACUUCCGUCCUCCUCCUAAAGUGGAGUCCAGCGUUGUCAGGAUAGAGCCGAAAAAUCCUCCUCCUCCGGUUAAUUUCCAGGAGUGGGACGGUCUAGUCAGAAUAGCCUUCGUACGGAAAAACAAAACCCUCAACGCAUCCUUCAAGUCUGCUGCAGUGGAGCAACUGCUGGAAAAGAAUUACAGGAUUCACUGCUCUCUUCACAACGUGGACGUCCCAGCGGACUUCAGCAUCACCAAGAAGAUCGAGAGUGUCCUGCAGGAGGCUGAUUUCAGUGAGAAGAGGGCGAGGUCCAUGGAUAUUGAUGAUUUCAUGGUGUUGCUGCAUGCAUUCAACGCUGCAGGGAUACACUUUUCAUGAGUGGCAGAGGGAGUGGAGGAGACCCAGCUUUGUGUCCUCUUACCUCAUCUAGAAGUCAGCUUAGAGGAGCUGAAUUUACAGUAAUGAAAUGUUCAGAUGUAUUUAAAAAGAAAAAGGAAGAAGAAGAAGCUCAUAUUGAGUGCUUUGUAACCUUGUGUACAGUGGAAAUGAUCGACCUCUAGCAGAAUAACACUUAUUGUAAUCUACAGUGUUCAUUAAACAUAAUCUUUGAAAAUAAAAUGCAAAAGCCUUUUCUCUC